AUGCCCGACGUCAACGGCAGUGCCGAUGAGUUCUGGUUGUUCGGUUACGGAAGUCUGAUAUGGAAACCUCCGCCACAUUUCGACCGUCGGAUUCCUGGUUGGGUCACGGGAUACGUGAGGAGGUUCUGGCAAGCAAGCCAAGACCAUCGCGGCACACCUGAGGCUCCUGGUCGUGUCGUGACGCUUAUUGAGCGCUCUUUCUGGUCCUCACUUGUCGACGCACAUGCCUCGGCGCCAGACAAAGUAUGGGGCGUCGCAUACCGGAUUGAGGCUUCGCACGUAGCGGAAGUAAAAGAUUACCUGGACAUCCGGGAAAUCAAUGGGUACACGAUCCAUUAUACGCCUUUUCACCCCGCCGAUGGAUCCGCUAAUAUCAAGACGCUGGUGUACAUCGGCACGCCAGAUAAUGACCAGUUCACGGGGCCACAGGAUCCGCAGCAGCUGGCAGAGCAUAUUUCGAAGAGUGAGGGGCCGAGUGGCCUGAAUCGAGAUUACUUGUUGGGUUUGGAGAAGGCUCUGAAUGAGUUGAGCCCGGAAAGCGGUGACGAACAUGUCACAGACCUAUCCAAUAGACUCCGGGACGUUGAAGCAGGACUGAAGAGCCGGAGUGAGGUCGAUGAGCCCAAUUCGCCUUCACAUGAAUUUCGCAGAGUCAGCAGUGUAGAUGAGCAGGAAGAGACCGAGAAAGCAUAA